AUGGAAAAACUACUAGAAGUAGUGAGUUAUCCUAAAAAUUUGAAAGUAAAGUUGGCAUCUUUUUACUUGGAGGGACCCGCUGAUACGUGGUGGGGUACAAUCAAGAAAACCUCUUCUCAGGCUAUUUCCACUUGGGAAAUGUUUGUAGAAAAAAUGAGGAAUAAGUUUUUCCCUCCAGCUUUGAGAAGGAAGAAAGAGAAUGAGUUCCGAUUCUUGAGACAAGGACAAAUGUCAGUGCUAGAGUACGCUGCCAAGUUCGUAGAGCUCUCGAUAUUUGCUACAGAUUUCACUAGUAAUGAAAGGGUGAAGUCCAUGCGUUUCUUUGAAGGAUUAAACCUGAAGUAUCAAAAGAGAAUCGGGGUUUAUAGUAGUUUUUAG